GGGGGCACUCCGAUGGGAUCAGUCAUGUAAGGGGGCACUCCGAUGGGAUCAGUCCAUGUAAAGGGGGCACUCCGAUGGGAUGGGACAGUCCAUGUAAGGGGGCACUCCGAUGGGAACAGUCCAUGUAAGGGGGCACUCCGAUGGGAACAGUCCAUGUAAGGGGGCACUCCGAUGGGAACAGUGCAUGUAAAGGGGCACUCCGAUGGGAUGAGUCCAUGUAAAAAGGCACUCCAAUCGGAACAGUCCAUGUAAGGGGGGGGUCUAUAUGCUGCAGAUUCAAAGCAGGGAGCCC